ACCUAUUUGUUGAUUCUUUGAUUAUGUUUAUAGAGAACUUUCUUUCGCUUACUAUUAGACUUGGUUUAGCUUCAUCAUUCAAGGGUGAAGGUGAACAAUUCCACAGCUCAUAUUUUUCUUGUAAUAUCUAUCCGGUUUGAGUAUGUUUGUGCAAGCAAUCAGCACUUUCUUUGUUCAAUAAGAGAACAAAAUCGUUUUUGUUCCUUGUAAGCUAAAUGAAGUUGAUCAUUCUAUUUGGUUAUAUUUUAUAGUUUAUUUGACAGAAUGGUUUUAAUGUUGAAAUACCUACCAAGAAAUUGAAGUGAUGCUCAGUUCGGUCACCUAAAGUAGAAAACUAUAAAUCUGUUUUAAUUUUAAAUUUAAAAAAAAAAUACCUAUACAGGGUGUCUGGUGAGUUGAUGUCAAAACUUCAGAUGAAUUUUUGCUCAACUUACUUUGAAAUUGAAGCCCGGGGUGACAACUCUAUAUUACUUUAGUUAAGCCCGGGGCUAAAAAAAUUUUAAAAUAUAAAAUUGAAAAAACGUCUUUAUUUUGACCUUGGGAAUUGGUAGUACUUCAGAAAAUAAACAAAUUUUGUCAUUAUGAACUUUUGUCAAACUUUGAAUUUUGAAAUGGAAGGGGCUAGAAGCAGAAAUAUUUGUUUGUUUUGAAAUAUUUACUUUUAAGAUAAUUGAAUCAGUCAUUUCAAAAACCCCAUUCUGAACUUUUUAAAAUUUUUCAGGAAAUGAAAAAAACUGUUUGUGCGCUUUAUUUUCAUGGUAUAACAGUAAACUUGUGCAGUAAUUGAUAGGUCUUAUGAUUACAAAUAUUUCUGUACCUUUACCAGAACUUGAAGUUUUGUAGACUGCGAGCAAUUCCAUUGUGAAAUAUGUGGAGUUAUGGGGUUUUCGAAAUGACUUUUUUUUAAAACCUGAAAAGUGACAUGUAAUCCUAGAAAAUCCAGUAACUACAAUACCCAAAAUGAUUGAGUAUGGAUUUUCAUUCAUUUAUUGAAGUUAUACCUGCAAUCUACGAUUCAAUUAAUUUAAUGUACCUAAUAAAGAAGCAACAAAAAUGUUAUCCAUUUCCCGGCAUAAAUUAAAAAAUUGAAUUACGUUGAUGUUCAUGAAAUUAAUGUUCUUCGUUUGUCUUAUAAAAAAAUGAUUUCAAAAACCCUGUAAAUGCAGGAGUUAUGGGGUUUUCGAAAUGACAAACGCUGAAAUACCUAUGCACUUUUGAGCUACCUUCCAACUUUAUCCGAUAGAGCUCGCAAAGCACCAUCAGAAUCAGUGACAAACAUAAAAACCCCUUAAAUGAUGAUUUAUGGGGUUUUCGAAAUGACUGAUUCAAUUCUGUUUCUGACCCCUUCAAUUUGAAAGUUGGGCAAAAAUUCAUAAUGACAAAAUUUGUAUAUUUUUCAAAGCAAUACCCAUUCCCAAGGUCAAACAUGCGUUUUUCGCAAUUUUUUUUAAGCUCGGUUGCCCCUACUUGUCUACAUAUAUAACUUUUUUUUCAAGUCUGGUUAGGUAUAUCCGAAUUUGAAGUUUUGACAUCCACUUACCAGACACCCUGUAGGUAUGUUUAGAAACAAUAUAUGUUAACAUGUAAAAAAAAUUCGGUCGACGUUUUUUUUAAAACUCUCUCUUGAACGUACAAGAAAUGAUAUCAAACAUUUCAUUUUUUAAAGUAGGUAUUAAAUUUAAUGAAGUUAAUUAAACAAUUUCGAAUUUUUGUUCAGUUUUGAGUUAUAGAUACAGAUACAUAAUGUAUGUACAUUACAUAUAAUUAUUUUGAGUUGGGAUUUGGGAAGCUUCUCUCUUUUCUUUUUUGAAAAGUUCAGUCUCACAAAAUUUCAAGAAUUAGGCUGAAAAAAUCUUCACAAAGAAAAAAUUGAUAUCUAGUUGGCACUUGAUUUGUAAGAUUUUUUAUUGAGAGACAAAUAAGAACUGAGAAAAUAAACACGAAUCUCUUUUGGUUUAAUAAUUAUUUCCCCAAGAAGAAAAAAUUAAUUAUUGUGCAAAAAUCCAUCGAAAGCGUCGACGCCUCGACGGUCGACGAUCGAAAGUAAGAAAAAAAUUUUGUCCCUUCAAAUAAUAAAGUAGGCAACUUGGCUUGAGCGGAUCUCCCUUCCAGUUCUCCAGAUGUUGGGUGGUGCUGGCGGGGUAUGUUGUUGUAUUAUACAUCGGUUUCUUAUCAUUCCUUAUAUUUUCAUCUUAAUAUAUCUCUUCGUCUUCCUAUAUCCAAAUUAUGUCCAUAUUUUGAUUUUGUUUUUUGUGUCAUCUUUGUGUAAUUUCAAAUUGUGGCAGUGUAAAAGCCAUAAACGUGAUUCAACGUAUUGCUUUAGAAUAGCGAAAAUUACGUAUUUGAAAAUUAAUUUUAUGAAGAUCAAGUACCAGAGGUGAUCGCCACCCCGUUCCUCCCGAUUGUGUAUUUUCACCUAUUUUCUCACCUGAAAACGAUCCUAUCAAAUGGCAAUUAGAAUUUCAUCCAGCAGUUGUGGAUAUGUUUCCAGCCGAAUUCGGUCUUCUUUAUGGAUUUCAUUCAAGUAAAGACGAGAUUAAAACACGUGGCCCGGUAUCAGGAGAAUUUACACUAUCGAUAAUAAAUGCAGAAGGUGAAAAUUUGAACAUUUAUCAACAGCAUUUCACAUUGAGUGAAGAAGAUGAUGAAUUUUCUGGUUUGUUUGGUGAAAGUGAGAUAUACAUGGAUGUCACUUCACGCAAUCACGUUUAUAUACCUAAACCUACUAUUUUGACUGCGGAUGGUAAACCUUUGAAUGGCAUAUUAUUGCCGAAGAAAAAUCUUACCGUUACAUGCGUGGUUAAUUAUUUCUAUCAUGACGAUUUACUCGGUCUUAUCCAACCCCGCAGUUUAUUUUCGUUUGAAGCGUACAAUCCUUUUGAUGGUUUCGAAAAAGCCUUUCUAAAUCUUGAGUCAAGCGAUGUUACGAUAUCUGUCAAUGGAAAGGAAUACCCUGCUCAUAAAAUUAUACUGUCGUCGCGAAGCAAAGUAUUUGAAGCUAUGUUCAAAUACAGUAUGAAGGAGAGUAAAUCAAAUCGUAUUGAAGUGAAUGAUAUCGACGAACAAGUUUUCUUAGAAGCUCUACGUUAUAUCUAUACGGGCGAAGCUCAUAAUUUGAACACGCUAGCCCCUAAGUUGUUACGGGUAGCUGAUCAAUUUGAUCUUGAGAAAUUGAAAAUCGUUUGCGGAAAUGUGUUACUCGGAGAGCUAUCUGUGGAAACGGCCGUAAAUAUUUUAAUAUUAGCCGAUAUGUGCAAUGCGAAAGAUUUAAAAAAUUAGACGAUCGAGUUUAUAAAAUCGAACUCGGAAGAUGUUGCUAAAGUUACUGAUUCUGAAGUCGAGAAAGAACUUCUAUCUCGGCCUUAUUUGUUGAAGAUUUUAAAUAUUCCUUCGUUUUCCUAACGUUAGAAAUAGCCCAUAAUUGAAUGUACUCGUUACUCUACUGUCAAAGUGUCGACUGUCGUGCCUUGUGUGAUUCAAGUGAUUUUGUUUAAUUCGAGUUUUAAUUUUGUAUUUCUGAAGCGUAUCUGAUUUCAAUGCUUUUCAUCUUUAUUUACCAUUACUUUUUAUGUAUGUAGUUAUAAAAAUUGUAUUUCAAUUUUCAAAUUUGUAUCUAUGUACGCGUGUUUACAAAAAUAAAAAAAAAUAUUCUUGAAUCAUGUUACCUAUAGCUCAUGUUGAAUUUGAUUUGUAAUAUAAAAGUAAUAGGUAUUGCAAUGUUCAAUAUGGGAGAAAAAUAAUAACUUAUAUUGAAAGUCACGCUAGUUGAAAACAUUUGAAAGUACAGAAAAAGAACUUAGUAGGUAUUUGAUGAAAAAGAUAAAAAAAACUGAAUUUUGAGGGGAAAAUCUAAAAAAUAUCCAAAAGGUACACUAAAAAGUUGAAAUAAAUGGAGUGAAUUGAAAACUUAUGGUUUUAAUUGAAAAUGAUAUUUUAUUCCAUGGAAAAAUUGGAAAAAUGAUGAUAGGUGGGUAGAUCAUGGGUAGAUAGAGAUAAACAUCGUUGACAAAUGACAAAUUUUUUAUUUUUACUUAUUUUAUUUUUUUCGUUUUUUUCGAGAGAUGAACGUUCUAAAAAUAUAAAAACCUAUUGAAUACUUCUUACUUACCUAACUUUAAUUCUGAGAAAAAAUUUUGCAUUUUGAUUUGAUCAUUUGACUAGAUUAGAUUUGACUUAAGACUGUACGUAACCUAUUCACCUAUUGUCUUAUCUUAUCGUCUUGCGAUGCGCACAUGUUAUGAAUAAUCAUGCAGAAAUUUCAAAUAUGAUUAACUUUAAGUAUAACGGUUUCAUUGAAAAACGACGGAUGAACUUUUCAAUCAUUUUAUUUUAAAAUGUUUCAAAAUUAUCAUUAUUAUAAACGAGCUUUUAGAUAAAGGGUUAGAUUUCGCCUGUGUAAUAUUUUCCUUUCCCUUUGGAUGUUGUCCCUUGUCGGCCUUGUCCCUUUGCUAUAGUUUCACUCAGGUGAAAUCGGUGGACAUCUUUUCGGCCAUCUUUGGUGCAAAAUGAUGAUUUCAGCCAUAAUCAGUCACAGCACAACAGCUGUUCGACAAUGACGUCACUGUGACGAAAAGAUGGCCACCGAUUUUACCUGAGUGAAGCUAUAGUGCCUUACCUUUGAACCUUUGGUGCAUGCACAAUUGCAUACCGAAACACGCUGCACUCUUCGAAUUUUGAUUGGUUGUUUGUAUUAUCAUUCUGUUUUGUGUUGUGACGAGUGUGUGUUUUUAUACUAAGGCACUACUUCACUGAAGAAUGAAGAUAAAAGUUGUUGAUGAAAUAAUGAAUGAAUGUUCGAAUCUGAAUAUCCGCUGCUAGAAGAUUCCAAGUAAUAAUAUUUAAUAAUAUGUCAGACUCGCAGCAUAUCGGCACAUUUUUCGCGACCAUUGAUAAAGUUAAAGCUUGUAAUUUAUCGUGGACCGUGCCGCUGUACGACGAGGAUGACGAAGAUGAUGGGCUGCCUCUAAUAUCGCCAUCUUUCUCACCUGAAAACGAUUCUAUAAAAUGGGAAACAUCGUUUUGGCAAGCAACUAGGAAUGGUUGCAGACCCGAACUCGGUCUUUAUUGUGAUAGCGAAGACGAGAUUAAAACACGUGGCCCGGUAUCAGGAGAAUUUACACUAUCGAUAUUGAAUGCAGAAGGCGCGAAGGUGGACAUUCAUCAACAGCAUUUCAUAUUGCAGACAGACGCCGGUUUAGACUUCGAAAAUGUUGGUGAAGUUUUUGAACUUUUGAUUUUGACAGCGGAUGGUAAACCUAUGGACAAUUUAUCACUGCCGCCGGAUGGAAAUCUAACCAUCAUAUGUAUGGUUAAUUAUUUCUAUCAUAAAGAUAUAGAUAUUAACCAUCAACGUAGUUUGUAUUCUUUCGAAGCACUUCACAGUCCGCUUGAUUGUUAUGAAAAGUCCUUUCUGAAUCCUAAGUUCAGUGAUGUCACCAUAUGUAUCAACGGGAAAGAGUACCCAAGUCAUAAAGUUAUACUAUCAUCGCGGAGUAAAGUGUUCGAAGCAAUGUUUCAGCAUGACUUGCAGGAGAACCAAACAAGUCGCAUCCAAGUGAAUGACAUCAACGAAGUUGUUUUUUUAGAAAUCCUGCGUUUCAUCUAUACGGGUAAAGUUGAGAAUUUGGACUCUCUGGCCUCUGAAUUGUUGCCAGUAGCUGAUCGAUACGAUCUUCGGAAACUGAAAAUUAUUUGCGAAAAUGCUCUAAUCGGGAAACUAUCCGCAAAAACAGCGGCAAGUAUUUUAAUAUUGGCCGAUAUGUGCGAUGCGAAGGAUUUGAAAAAUCAGACGGUCGAGUUUAUAAAAUCGCAUUCUGAAGAUGUGGUGAAAAAUACGAAUUUGGACCACAAGAAAGAACUGAUAUCUCGACCAUAUUUAUUGAAGAAUUUAAGCAAACAUAUUCGUUCACUUUUAGAGGUUGAGAAGUAAAUGCUGCUGAAUGUGUUUUACUGUUCGCGCGCCGUGUAAUUUGAAAAAUAUCGUUUUUACGUUUCUAAUGUUUUUUUAAUGUUUCCAAUGUAGUUUAGUCAUAAUUUUUUUCGUCUGAAAAACAUUUGAUGAAUAAAUAAUGUUAUUUAG